AUGAGACAAGUCCUGUGGAGCUUGCUGCCAGUAGCACUAGGAGGAGGUUGCCCUUGGACCUCUUCAUGGCAGUGGGAGGGUGUCUUCCACAUCCACAAGGGGGGCACUUACUUGUGGAGCGCUGAGAAGAAGGACGGCGCCUAUGCCGCGGCGUCCACGAAGAUCAUCUUGCGCACCACGUCAACCUACGACGCCAGCGCCAUCGAGAGCGCCGAGCCGGCGGCGCUCACCGCCUGGUCGGGGACCUUCACCGACGUCAUGCCGGGCGACACCCUGAGCCCGAACAACGCGUAUCGCUUGGUCUAUGACGCCGACAACUGGGUGAGUCUCUUCAAGAUCCAAGGCGCCGCGGAGACGAACCUCGCCAUUUUCGCAGAGCACGUGCCGACGGACUUUGAGAAUAAGUUUAACUACUUACACCACGAGGAGGGUGCUGCAACCGAACCCUCCUACGAGGUCUCAUCCGUGACGUCCUGCGAUCCGCCCGAAGAACCGAUCGUCAAGGGCACCAUUGGGGAGGUGUUGGCCGCGUCCAUGCUGAUCACGCUCCCGACGUUGCUGGGAAUUGGUUGUCUCUUCUCGGUGUGCAAGUGUUCGUCUGCGAGCGAACAUGUGAAGACCUUCAUCCACUACUGCAACGCCGGAGCCUCCGGCGUCCUCUUUGCGGUGAGCAUCUUCCUGCUCAUGCCGGAGGCUUCGCACCUCAUGGCUGCAGGGAAGAGCGAGGCUGGUUUGGCGGUCGCCUGGGGCAGCUGUGUGAUCGCCGGGUGGUUACUUGGCAUCAUGAUGCACCAGGCCUCCCACAUGCUGCAGCCCGCACAGGUGGCAGCAGACAAUACCUUGGAAGAGGGACAGGAGAAGGAGCCCGUUGCAAAGAAGGCCAACUGGAGUCUGGCCAUACCGGUUCUCCUGGGAGAUUUCAUUCACAACUUCGCCGAUGGGAUCUUCUUGGGCUUUGCCUUCUAUGCCUGUGACGCCUCUUUCGCCUGGUCCAUGGUGGGAGCCACGAUUGCGCACGAGCUGCCACAAGAGUUGCUGGGCGGAGACGUUGCGCCACCGGUUUUCUCGGGAUUGCGAAGCCGCGAAGCGUUCGGAGCUCAAAAUUCGUGA